AUGGCGGAUGUCAUUGGUCCACGGUUGUACGCUUGCUACAACUGUCGUAAUCAUGUCGCACUUCACGAUGAUAUCGUCUCUAAACGUUUCAUGGCAGGUCAUCGUCAGAGAGCGUUCUUGUUUUCCCACGUGAUGAACUUGGUGGCCGGUCCUAAAAAGGAUCGGCAACUGAUCACGGGUUGGUACACGAUCGCAGACGUCGAGUGUUCAGAUUGUGGGGAGGUUUUGGGAUGGAGAUACGAGAAAGUUAAUGAGGAAUCACAGAAGUACAAAGAAUCCAAAACCGUGCUUGAAAAAUUCAAGAUUGUGAAAGAUAAUUGGUAG